GGCUUGUUUAUGUGAACGUACCAGUCUCGCCCAACUGCAAAUAUAGCGAAAAGAUAACCAGGUCGGGACAUGGAGUUUGCAGAGUUGAUAAAGACACCCAGGGUGGAUGGGGUUGUCCUACAUCGGCCUUUCAUGCCCACAGUGGAGGGGACACUGUGUUUGACGGGUCAUCACCUGAUUCUCUCCUCCAGACAGGACAACACAGAGGAGCUCUGGCUGCUGCACUCAAACAUUGACUGUAUAGAGAAAAGGUUUGUGGGGUCUCUGGGGAGCAUCAUAGUCAAAUGCAAAGACCUGAGGGUGAUCCAGCUCGACAUCCCUGGCAUGGAAGAGUGUCUCAACAUUGCCAGCUCUAUUGAGGCUCUGUCCACUCUUGAUUCACCCUCCCUGAUGUACCCUUUCUUCUACCGGCCCAUGUUUGAAGUCAUAGAAGACGGCUGGAAUUCAUUUCUUCCAGAGGAUGCAUUUAAAGAUUUGGAGUCCAUGACAGAUGAGUGGAGACUGAGUGAUGUCAACAAGGACUUCAGUGUGUGUCCAUCAUACCCCCCUCUAGUGGCAGUGCCCAAAGAUGUUGAUGAUGACACACUGAGGAAAGUAGCCACCUUCCGACACAGUGGUCGUUUUCCAGUGCUUAGCUACUACCACAAGAAGAAUGGCAUGGUGAUGAUGCGAGCAGGGCAGCCACUGACAGGCACCAACGGGCGGCGGUGUAAGGAAGACGAGAAGCUGAUCAAUGCCACCCUGCGGCCAGGCAAACGCGGCUACAUCAUUGACACACGCACCAUCAAUGUUGCCCAGCAGGCCAAAGCUCGAGGGGGAGGAUUUGAGUCUGAGGCUAACUACCCCCAAUGGAGGAGGAUCCACAAGGCAAUCGAAAGGUCUAACAUCCUCCAGGAGAGCCUGAUAAAGCUGGUAGAGGCGUGUAACGACCAGUCGCACAGUAUGGACCGCUGGUUAAGCAAGCUAGAGGCUUCAAGCUGGCAGACUCACGUCAAGGAGAUCCUCACCACUGCCUGCCUGGCUGCGCAGUGUAUCGACAGGGAGGGGGCGUCGGUGCUCGUUCAUGGUACAGAGGGGACAGACUCCACCCUGCAGGUGACCUCCUUGGCUCAGAUCAUCCUUGAUCCGGCCUGCAGGACCAUCAGAGGCUUCCAGGGUCUGGUGGAGCGAGAGUGGCUCCAGGCGGGUCACCCGUUCCAGCAGCGCUGCGCCCAGUCAGCCUACUCCAACAACAAGCCUCGACAGGAGGCACCUGUCUUCCUUCUCUUCUUGGACUGCGUGUGGCAGAUCCUUCGCCAGUUUCCGUGCUCCUUUGAAUUCAGCGAGAGCUUCCUGGUGCUGGUUUUUGAACACGCCUAUGCUUCUCAGUUUGGCACCUUCCUGGGCAACAGCACAGCCGAGAGGGUCAAACUGUCUCUACCUGAGAAGACUGUGUCCCUGUGGUCGUGGGUGAACCGGCCCCAAGAACUGGAGCGUCUGACCAACCCGCUCUACGAGGCCAACAGUCUUGUGAUCUGGCCCUCUGUGGCCCCUCAGAGUCUGCUGCUGUGGGAAGGAGUGUUCCUUCGUUGGAACCGCUCCUCUAAGUGUUUGGACGAGGCCUACGAGGAAAUGGUACACAUAAUUGAAUACAACAAGGAGCUUCAGAACAAAGUGAACAGCCUGCGCAGGCAGCUGGCCCAGCUGGAGACUGAAGAUCCUCUGCUGCAGACGCCGUAGAGUGAGAGACAGAGAUGGAAGAGAGAGGUAGAAAAUGUGAAAAUAUAAUGAAACAGAUCAGUGUCGGCCCAAUUUUAGGCUUUAAAAUCAAAACAUUAUAAUUUGGGAUUGUGUCUAUAAUUGAUGUUACAUGUUGGUUUCCUGCACAGAUGAAAAAAAGAAAUAGAACGGCCCUAAACUGAGAUUAUAUUAUAACUGACCUCUCUACAGUUAUCUUUGUGCCCUGACACUUUACGUGCAUACAGGAAAAAAAACAUACAUUUAAAGCUAAUUUAUCAGGUUGUUUUAUUGAAACUAAGCAGGAGUGAGAGCGAAAAAAACAUGCCGUUAUUUCCUAAGAGUGCUGCUAAAAGCCAAACACUCAUCAUCUCAUAGUUGUCUAAUACGGAGCUGAAACAAUCAGUCCCUCCAGGAUUUGCUUUUGGGACUCCUGCGCCCUAAAAUGCCUGAUUUAAUUGCAGUUUUUCUAAUAAACUGCAAUGCAUGUUGCAGUGUUUUUUCUUUUUUUAAGGUAAAAAAUGCAAAAAUAGUUGUGAUUUUUUUUGUAUAUUCAUUAUUAAUCGAACUUUAACCAGUGAAAGUAAAGUUUGUAAUUGAUACUACGCUAACCAUAAAUAUGUAAUCUAACUCAUUUUGAUACCUUCUGCAUGUGGAAUAGGUCUGGAUGCAACAGCCCCUGUCAUGGUAAUAUCUCUUGUCUGUCGUCGACCCAGUUUCAGCCAUUUUCUGAGUGUGUUUUGGGGUUAAAAAGGUGUGUUCCAUCACAACAUUGCAGUACGUCAGGGAACUGUCUUGCUCACUCUUAAGCAGUCAUUUUUGUUGGUGAGUGUGAGAUGUUCAUGCAUCUCCAUAAACAGAAACAAGGCAGUGAGUUUGGUGACGUUGCGCCGGGGCUGCUGUGAUUGGUGAAACUCACAGGAAACUGCAGUGAUUGGUCGAAUUUGCGGAAAAGUUGCAGUGUUCGGACAAAAUUGCAAGGUUGCGCAGAAUUCACAGGGAUCGUGACAUUGCAACAUCCUGGAGGGGCUGAUUUAUCAAUUAAUCAAUCGUCCAAAAAAUAAUUAGCAGCUAUUUAGGUAAUUGAUUUAACAUUUCAGUAAUUAUUUGAAGCAUAUAUGCACUCAUUCGCCGGCUCCAGUUCAUAAAACGUGAGGAUGUGCUGCUUUUCUUCGUCAUAAAUCACUGUAAAUUUAAUAUUUUUGUGUUUUUGGACUGUUGGUCAGACAAUAUGCUCAAUUUGAAAAUGUCAGAUUGGCAUUUUUUUCUCAUUUUUUUGACAUUUCAUUAAUUAAGUAAUUAAUUAAUCAGAUAACUAAUCACUAGAUUUAAUGAUAAGGAAAAUAAUAGUUAAUUGCAUCCUUACUCUAUUAUGAGAAAAAAACUCUUCAGUUCCUAAACUAUCAGCUGAUUUUACAGUCACUAAUUCUCGUCAAACCCUCACAUCUCACACACACACACACACACACACACACACACACAAAGAUACCUUAACAAUCUGAAUGACUCCAUUUUCUCUCAGUGUGUUCUAAUAGAUCACUAUAUUCGUUUGGGGGCAUUGAUCUUUUUCAGGCCGGAAUACUGGAUGCUCAUUUACCACAGGGUACACGCUUUCACCAAACAUCCUGCUGAAUGUAAAUGCCACUGAAGCACUGCAGAGUAACUAUGGCAACAUAUAGGGUGCUAUAAGGCAGCAUGUGACUCUGCUGCACGAUGAGAUGAUGUAAUAAGCGUAGGUAGGGUCAGCACCUGCUACACCGUACGAAGAGAGCGGAGGCUUGGUUAAUGGGAAUCUGAUGGAAAUAUCUCGUAUAUAAAUAUCUGAUCAUUACUUGACAUUCCAGGAUGCAGCCAGCUGGAGGGAUUGAGACAGACUUAUUUAACAUAACCUUAUGAAAUGUUUGCUCGCCUGGUUAUUUUUGGGCAAAAUUAUUAUUCUAUUCCAAUUUCAUUAUGCGUAAUAGUCGAAUAUGUGUGAGCGUAUGAGGAUUUGUUGCAGCAGUGUGUUGGUCAUAUUAUUAUCAGGAGACUUUACAGAGUUGAUGCAGGUUUGAAAAUAUAUUAAUGUGAGAUGUUGCUUCAAAGACCAAUUUAUAUUUUGGUAUUAAAGUUAUAUGAUAAAUGUUGUGUUCACGGACAUUAUGAAACAAGAUGCUUUCAAGUCGCUCAAGGUCCAAAACUAAUGCACUUUGUGUGAAAGGCAUAUACAGUACCAGAAACAGAUAAUUAUAAUUCCUGUAAUUAGCUUCACUUUUGUUGUCAGUGCUCACCAGCUGCCGCCAUAUUAGACAAUAUAUGUCUCAACAUUAAAUGUGAAAACAUGCCAACAUAUGCAACCAAACUCCAACUAUUAGACUCGAGUGUGUGCAGAUGACACCAACCAUGUCAACGUCUUGUAGCCGCAGGACGCAAGGAGUCAUCAUACUGGAAUUCAUGACCAUGAAAGCCACAAAAACACUGCUGGUGUUUCUUCUGAAUCCUUAAUUGCACUUACAGAAGCAGCUCAACCUGUUUACAGCAACAUGACCUGAAUUUUGUUGGCAAAGUGACAUGAAAGCUCAUCUUUCAGUGCUGUGGGUGAUGGUAGCUUCCAUUAGCAUAUCAGGAAAGCUUUAUGCUGCACUUUAAAUACAAAAACAUGGCAGUUGUGGGAUAAAAUUAAACCCAUUGUGGUCAUCUUUGGCCAAUUUUGUGUGUUGGCCAGUAAGAAAUAGCAUUUUCUCUGCGUGUGUCCACGUCGUCUUCAUACAUUAAAUCUAUUUGCUUCAAGAAUGAUGUAAUAAUCACACUAAUUAAACUGAUUCCUGCCACUACAUUAAACUGCUUUAUAAAGGGACAGUCGUUCAUAGCUGCACUAUAUACAUGUUUUCCUUUUGCCAAAAAAAAGACACCUUACCUACUGUUGCUUUGUGUGUGCACGCAUCGAACAAUGCGUUCAAUCAGGUAAUGGUGUAAAUACACGUGUGCAAAUUUUCUAUGCUUGCAUUAUGCAUUAUAUUAUGAUCGUUGCUUUGUCAAAGUCAAAAACUCUACUGUGUUUGUGCAAUGCCUUACUGCAAAAGUCUGAUUUCAAAAUAAACGUUUAAGUAAAUUUAUCACUGCUGAUCAGAUGUCUGUAAAAAUCUAUUAUUGUUGAAAAGAUUACAUGUUUUUUUUUUAAGUUUUCAAGACAUUAAAAAAUAUAGCACAAAA